AAAUGCAGCCACGAUAGCCAAAGCAGCUCAGCCCAUCUAGCUAUAUAAUACUAAUUGCAACAUAUAUAUAUUGCAAAACUCCCACAAUGACUAAAAUCAACACAAGCUAAAGAGAUGCUGCUGCUGCUGCAGCUGCAAACGAUAUUAAUAGCAGGAUAUUACCUCCAAGGCGAAAGAGAGGAGGAGACCUUCGGAGGCCAGGCGGGGCGUGCGCCAAACUAGCCUGGUGCCAAACUAACUUCUUGGCGGCGUCGCUCCGCCCCGUUUCGCCCGCGAUUUGCAUCCCUCCCGUCGGCCACGUCAGCCGGGAGUCCGGGUCCGGCAGCAGCCUCCGGAGGGAAGGGGGAGAGGGAUACAGAGUACCCUCCCCUUUUAAAAAAAAAUCCUAGGACACCCCCCCCAAAGUCAGGAUGGUCUUGCUUACCAUGAUUAGCCGGGUCCAAGACGGGCUUCUCCUGGCAGCUUCUAUGCAAGAAACGGAGCAGUCAAACCGGAACUUCCAAGAAUAUCACAGCCAAGCGAAGCAACUUUUCCGGAAGCUCGGGGAGCAUUCGCCGAACCGCUGUUCCUUGCAGGCUGGGGCGAUGACUUUCCACUAUCUGAUCAGCCAGGGCAUUUGCUACCUGACGCUGUGCGAAGCUGCUUACUCCAAAAAGCUGGCCUUCGCCUUCCUGGAGGAGCUGCAAGCCGAAUUCUGGGAGCUGUAUGGGAAGAAGGUGUCCUCCGUGUCACGGCCGUACGCCUUCAUCGAGUUUGACCUCUAUAUCCAGAAGCUGAAGAAAUCCUACCUGGACACCUGGUCCAAGCGCCACCUGAGCAGCAUCAACAUGGAACUACAGGAUGUUCAGAAAAUCAUGGUGACCAACAUUGAAGAGGUGCUCCAACGCGGAGAGGCCUUAUCAGCUCUGGAUUCCAAGGCCAGCAACCUGUCAACUCUCUCCAAGAAAUACCGCCAUGACGCCAAACUCCUCAACAGCCGUUCCGCCUACGCCAAAGCUGCCGCUACCAGUCUUGUCUUUGUCAUACUUAUGAUCUACAUACGCUUCUGGUGGCUGGUGUGACCCAGCGCUGCCUUCCUUCUUCCCUCCUUCUUUGGUCCUGCCUCAUACGGGGAUCUGUGAAGAGAGCGGGCGGGGUUGUUCUGCACCCCCCUCGCUCUGCCCUCCGCCAAAAGUCCGCUGUAGCAACUCUGGGAGAAAUGAGAACUUGUGGAACUUGUUACUAUUUUCAAGUAUGGCACCAUUUGCCACCCUGCGGCUCAACCUGGAAUGACAACCGGUUGAGAGAAAUUCAGCAAAAGGGACUGUUUGUAAUUGCGAUGAGUGUGGUUGCUUCUUUUUUUGCUUUUAACCUGCAGAGUUCUGCAGCUUCCUUUGUCUUUUCAAUGGACAGGGAGAAGAGAGAGGAGCCCCCUGUUUUGGCAGAUCAGAAGAACAGCCUACGCACAGAGUCCCAUGGCAUCUUCAAAACUACCUAGGUGGGGAACUUGUUCCUCUACAGAUGUUGAUGGGCUCCCAUCUGCUUCAGCCACUAUGUCCCAUUGGUCAGAGAUGCUGGGAGUUAUAGUUCAGGAACAACCACAGGUGUUCCCCUCCUUGCUGUAGAAGCUCUGAAUACCACCAAGUUAGAUAUGUUGGUGCAGCUGUUGCAGACAGAGAAACCCUGCUUGAAAAAAAAGAUGCUUGAAAAAAAAGUUUCUGAGUUAAGAUCAUGGUGCUUUUUCAAUAAAAGUUAUUUUCCAUGAAACUGGGAGCAGGCGACUUGACAGUGGGCGGGGGAAGAAGGAAAAACUGCUCGUAAAAAAAACUCCGAAGCUAGUACAUUUAUUUUAGCAGUACGUUUUCAGAUAUUCAGGGCUUAGCCGGAGUUCCAGCAAGAGCCAGUCCAGAACCCAAUUUUCAAUCCAAGGAUAUGUGACUUGAUGACACAAGGGGAGAGUGUCCUUGAGCAUGUGCAGAGUGUAGGCGAGGGUUACCUUUUUGUACUGGCCUUUAAUGGCACCCUGCCACGCCUGAAAUUAGGCGGGGGGCGGGCAGUGCUUCGAAUGAACCAGUUUGGUUUAGCGAAGCGGACUGAAUUCGUUCAAAAAUCUCUGAACCACGCCUAAAAGUCAUCCUAAUGAUUUCUGGGUGAACUGAAUGCAAAAUAAGUUUGGGUUUUAUUGUGUGUUGGGUGUGUUUGUAGAACUUUCAACAGUUUCUAGCUCAUUUUCAGGUUUGUUGGCUUGCAUGUUUUGUUUUGUUUUGACUCUUUGGGCUUUUAAGCUUAAAGAUCAUAAUUGCUGGGGGAAAUAUAUCUUAAAAACUG